UUCCUAGUUCAGUCUCAGCCUUUCUCAGGGCAUACUCGGAUACAGUCUAAUCCUAGAUAAAGAUAUGGCUUACCUAGGAGAAAGGGAUCGGUUGGAAGGACGGAUUGCAGGGAAGGAUCUGAGAAGAGCGCUAUGGACUGAACCCCCUACUGUUCGACUCAUGCCCGGAGUUCCUCGUAAAAUGGAUCAUAACCAGAGGAUCAGGAUCAAGAAGGAUUGCGACGAAGUGUUCCCGGGGAUUAUUAUUUCUAACGGAGAUACGAUCAAGGAUCUAGGAUAUCUUCUAGAUCUCGGAGUUACUCAUGUUCUUAACACUGCCGAGGCCGAUGUUAGGAUUGAUCCUACAAAGUUUGCCAAAAACGGAAUUUGCUACAAAGGAUUUUUAUGCAAGGAUAUGCCUCAUGCAAACAUUACUCAGUUUUUUGAAGAGUGUGCAAAUUUCUUGGAGCGUGCGCUGUCCAUGCGCUGCGGAUUGGUGGUUGUUAACUGUCUCAUGGGGUACUCCCGUUGCUCUACCAUUGUUGCCGCAUAUCUCAUGCUUAAGAAGAACUACACUGCUACACAGGCACUACAGUACAUGAGGAACAGUAGAGAGAUACAACCUAACCUUGGAUUUCUACAGCAGCUUGCUACCCUGGAUAAUCAGCUGAGAAAGGACAGAUACAGAAAAUACAACGCUAUUGAAACUAAAAUCAAUUAUUCUAUUUAAUUUCAUAAAAUAUGAAAGUAAAACUCAAACCAAA